AUGGCUGAGGAGUGGGGAGUCGACGAGGCACUAUAUCUUUGGGAACUAGCAAGAGACGAAUGUUGGAAGGUGCCUGGCUGUCAAUAUUUGGAAUACCCCGCUUCGAAAGAGGUGGAAUUGACAUCACAAUCGCCGGCUAUGGAGACUGUCUCCAAACCUACACCCCAGGAAGAGGAAGAUUCUGAUGGUAGUUGGGAGAAGGUCAAGCGCAGAUGGAAGAGGAGGUCUCAACAGAUUUCGUUCCCAGACGACGACGGACCGCUGGAUGUCGAUCAGGUGAACCUAAAAGAGAUGGAAGCAGUCAACAAUAGGCUAGCAGAUGCAAGGUCGACACCCAAGAACCGCUUCGACACGAUCGUCAAAAGCAGUAGAAGCGCCACCACAAUAGCUGUCGCACAAGCCGUGAACAGGUCUAAAUGCUUACUCAAAGGGGACACAAAACAAUCCGCUUCUCCCCCUCGCAAAUCAGUCAGUAUCGACGCGCAAGCCACCAUCCUCCCUUGCGAUUACACUCCAGCUACGACAAUGUCACACCACGAGCACACAUUCAUAGAGCGGAGCCGCAACCGCCCCACUUACAGUCGAAGCUCCCGUUUCUACACGCCCUCAUGCUGGGCGAGUCCAGAAGGCUACGAGAAAGAUGACACCAGUCUUUCCAAGAGCUCUUGGGCGACUGUUGACCAGCUCCAGAGGGAGUUUGCGAGUUUGGAGGUGGACUCUGAGAAGAAAAAAGAGGUGCUUACUGAAAGAGCUGAGGAAGCUGCCGCUGAGCAAGACAAGAAGGCUAACUUGAGGAAAGUAAAAGACAAGGCCUUUCGCGCACGGCGACCGCCAUGGCAAGGAGAGAGGCUCUUUCAUGAUAGCUGGCAGGGUGCCGAGCUUCUUCACAUGAGAGACUACUUUAAGAAGGCGCUCGCAGAGGAUGCAAAUCUGUCAUCGCUGAGUCAAUCGCAUCGCAAGGCAUUAACGCGGGGUCUGCAUGACUGCGGUAGUGCUUUGAUGCGCGAGGAGAAGCAGAAGGAGAAAAAAUGGGUGGAUGCGGAGAGUGAACGAUAG